GCCCGCCGCCUGGGCUCCACCAACAGCCAGCUCCCCGAGUCAGCAGCGGGUCGCGCCUGCCCUCCAGUUGGGGGAGCUGGGCGAAUCCCCGCUUCUGUCCCGCCUCGCUGGUGCCGGACGCCUUUGUCUGACCCUUCCCGCUUUCGGUGAUUUUCUGCGCCUACGGGGGCUGUGAGGGAGCCACGAAGAUCUGGGGUGCUCGGAGGACGCGCAGCGCAGGAACCUCCGGGCCAGGGCUUGAAGGGCUUUGACCUCCACACUCUGGGCGUGGAUGAGAAAAUUAAGGUAUAGAUAUUUUCUGAACCAGAUAAUCCCUUAAAUAGUAAAACUGGGUACAGCCUUGGAAAGUCUGACUCUGGAAUCUACACACACAACUACUACAUUGCACUGGCCCUUCAAUAAGUUCCAAAAAAUGAGUCGUGGAUAUUCAGAAAACAAUAAUUUCCUGAACAAUAACAACCAGAUGGUACUGGAUAUGAUCCUUUGUCCAUUAAUUGGAAUCCCUCAGACCAUCAACUGGGAAAGCGUUGCAAGACUUGUACCUGGAUUAACACCCAAAGAGUGUGCAAAAAGGUUUGAUGAACUGAAAAGCAGUGGCAGCUCUCCUGUUGACAACCAGUAUAAUCCCUUAAUGGCUGCUGGAGAGAGCCCAGUUGAAACUUUAGCCACAUACAUCAAAUCUUCACUUCUUGACACCCAAGGAGAUUUUCAGGAGACUCCAGUUGGUCAGGAUGCAGUUUCCAAAACAGGAAGACAUAGUAUAGCUUCCACAAGGAAUUGUUCUUCAGAAAGUGAAAAUUGUACUACUCAUAAUGGUGGAGAAAAGACUGAAGAAUCUGAAGGGCCAAACAUGGUGAUUCAUGUAUGUGAUGAAGGAAAAAACUUGAAAGAAGACUUUAUUUGCCCACGAGAUCUUUUGAUAUCAGAAAUGAAGUACUUUGCUGAAUAUUUAUCUAUGGAUGCCCAGCGCUGGGAAGAGGUGGACAUUUCAGUUCAUUGUGAUGUUCACAUUUUCAACUGGUUGAUAAAAUACGUUAAAAGGAACACUAAGGAGAAUAAAGAUUGUGAGAUGCCCACUUUAGAACCAGGAAAUGUCAUUUCAAUUCUUAUUUCUUCAGAGUUUUUGAAAAUGGAUUCACUAGUAGAACAGUGUAUUCAGUACUGCCACAAAAAUAUGAAUGCCAUAGUAGCUACCCCAUGCAACAUGAACUGUAUUAAUGCAAAUCUUCUUACACGAAUAGCUGAUCUAUUCACACAUAAUGAAGUUGAUGAUUUAAAAGACAAAAAAGAUAAGUUUAGGAGUAAACUUUUUUGUAAGAAGAUCGAGAGACUGUUUGAUCCUGAGUACUUGAAUCCAGAUUCUCGAAGUAAUGCAGCAACGUUGUAUAGAUGCUGUUUGUGUAAGAAACUUUUAACAAAAGAAACAGAAAGAAGGAUUUCUUGCAUUCCUGGAAAAAUCAAUGUGGAUCAACAUGGAAAUAUCAUCUAUAUUCAUAUAAGAGAUAAGACUUGGGAUGUUCAUGAGUAUUUGAAUAGUCUUUUUGAAGAAUUAAAAUCUUGGAGAGAUGUAUAUUGGAGAUUAUGGGGAACAGUCAACUGGCUGACUUGUUCAAGAUGUUUUCAGGCUUUUCUUUGUAUUGAAUUUUCACAUUGUCAGUACCAUUCAGAAAUGGUAGUUUAUCCCACUGCAGCAAGUUCACUGACCGCUGCUGGCACUGGAAUUUACCCUUGCUGUAAUAAAAAAGUUCUUCGGUUUGAUCCUACUCAGCUUACAAAGGGCUGUCAAGUGAGAGACCACAUGGCUGCUAUUCAUAAUGAAGGUGAAGGAGGGGAUCUGCUGACUUGUCCAAAAGCUAGAACACUGGAUGAUCUGCAGAAGCACAAAGAUGUCAUUGUUGUGCCUUUUUCUAAAGAUACAGUUAGUGGUCCUGUGGUUGGCUCCUGUGAUGAGAAGGGUCCAGAGUGUGAUGCUUUACUGGAGCCACAUACAUCAUGGGGCCCCCAAACUGGAGAGCUCAAUGCUUUCUUGUCACUGAAAAACUGGACUCUGCAACUAAAACAACAGUCAUUAUUUUCAGAAGAAGAAGAAUAUACCACUGGAUCUGAAGUCACUGAAGAUGAAGUUGGUGAUGAGGAAGAAGUAUCCAAGAAACAAAGGAAAAAAGAGAAGCCAAAGAAGUUCACAAAACAACCAAAAAAGCAGAUAUCUUCACCCUGUGCUCAAAAGAAAGAGAAGUCAUUGGAGAAGUCAGCUUCUAGAGAUGUGUCUCCCUUCAUUGUGAGUAUGCAGAAGAAUAAAUGGGAUGCCACAAGAUCUUUGAGAUUCAACCAGGAUGCACAAAGAGAAGAUGACCAGCGGCGGAUGUCUGAAAUUACAGGGCAUCUAAUAAAAAUGAGAUUGGGUGAUUUGGACCGAGUCAAGUCCAAAGAAGCAAAAGAAUUUGCAGGAGGUAUUUAUUCCAGGCUUGAAGCGCAAAUCAAAGCUUCAGUGCCAGUUAGUACACGGCAGAUCAGCUCAGAGAAGAACACAAGAUCCAAAAGUCGUUUUGGUCAAGGGCGUCCUGGAUAAAGCGCCUUAAAAUAUAAAGACAGAAGGUACUCCUGGACAUCUGAAAUGCUCACUUCUUGAAGACCUUCAUAAUGAUAACUUCUAGAUGUUUUAUUUAUUAAUUACUCUUGCCAGGCACAUAAAUCAAAAUGCUGAAGAUACACAUAGUUAGGUUUUAUGAAAAUCUAAUUGUAAAUAUGAAACCUCUUUAGUAAAACGUUAAAUUUAGUAUGAUUGUAGGCUAUGUAGAAAAUUGUUUACAAAUUUUGCAAAGUUAAAAUUAGUAAUAUUUGUUACUCUUUAUUUGAAAGAAGUUUCAAUUGUUAUAUUGCCAAGUUCUUUUAAGACAUUAAAAAAUUAGGGGUACACAACUGCUGGUGUCCCUUUGCAUGUGCACUAACUGUACUGUGUCCUUGGGCUAUAAGUCUUGGGUGUAGCUUGAAAACUGCAGUUUGUAUGAUGAAAUUACCAGUGAUGUUAAGUUUGCAUGAAUAUUAAGGAGUGAAAGUGCUCAAUACUGCAUUAAAGUUUCAAGGUGAAGUAUUUCAGUACUGUGUUAGGCAGACAGAUUAACUUUUUUCCAGCAUUGUUCUGUGGAAAGUACAAUAUUAAUCCAGUUUUAUUUCUUUCAGUCUUUGAUGCUUAUUUAUAGGUCAUUUGAGCUGGAAUUACUGAUCAUUACCUCUUUUCUCUGUGAAGCUAGUGCUGUUACAGAUUUAUUUAAAUAACUUUUGGUAGAUUUAAGAUAUUAACUCCUUUUCAGCUGUAUGGAACACUCACCAUAUCAUUUUUAGGGUUCUAAGGUCCAUAUUUUAGCCAUUUAUAUAGACUUUUAAAACAAAAUUUCUUGUUACUUUAACAGUAUCUAAAAAAUUCCUAUAUACAAUUGAUGGGUGAAAACAUUCAUAUAUUCAAGAAAAAUCAAAAUAAAAUUCUAUUUUAUAGAUCAUGUUUUAGUUUUUAGUUUAGAAAGAAUUCUCAGGGAAAAACCAUUCCACACCCUAAGCAUAUUUUUAAAUAAUGUGUUUGGAAGCUACUUAUAUGUAGAUCUCUGACAAACUUUAAGAUGUACUGUUUCU